AUGGGUUCGGCAUAUGCAAAGGCAAACGAAGAUUUUGUAAAAACUACAAUACAUGAAACAAACUUUGGUAAAGUUCGUGGUAAAAAAUAUAAAAUUGGAAAUAAUCGUCAUGUAAAUGUCUUCUUAGGAAUACCAUAUGCUAAAGCACCAACUGGUGAUCUACGUUUUCAGGAUUGUAUCCGCUAUGCUCCAAGGGCUCCACAAAUUGAAAAUAUCUUUGAUCGUUUGUCAUCUCAAGUGCCAAUCAGCGAAGACUGUCUGUAUCUCAAUAUUUUUGCUCCCGAAUGGGAUUCUUAUGAGGGACAGGCAAAUCAAUUUUUUCCAUUUUUGAAGACGGAAGAGCCGUUUUGGUAUGGAUACACGGGGGUGGAUUUACUACACAAUCAGCUGCCAGUUACGGUUAUCAUGGAAUAUCCAAGUGUAAUUGUUGUCACGAUACAAUAUCGGUUGGGCAUCUUAGGAUUCCCAGCUACCGGUUAUAAACACUGCAUUCCAAAUCUUGGUCUUUGGGAUCAAGCAUUUGCUUUACAAUGGAUUAAAAAUAACAUCAAGAAUUUUGGAGGAGAUCCGAACAAUAUAACUCUUUUUGGGCAAAGUGCCGGAGCAGUUUGUGCAGAUAUUCUUUCGUUGUCACCGUAUACACGGGGUAUUCAAUCUAUUAAGGUAAUACCAAUGGGCGGUUCAGCAAGUUGUACUUGGGCUAUACGAGAUGUUCGUAGGGUUCGCGAUGCGCUGGUGUCUCAUGCAUACACUCUUGGUUGGCAGAUUCCAGAAAACGCCACAGAAGAAGUAGUGAGUGAAUCAGUUAUGAAAUUCCUGCGCGGACAACCAGCAAAAGUAUUAGCGCUAGGAUUACCAAGAAGAAAUUUUAAAGCAAAUAUUGCCGGACUGGCAUUUGGCCCAGUAAUUGACGGUGACUUCAUUCCGGAACCAAUUUUGGAAUUGCGAAAAAAAACACCUCCAAAGUUUUGCUUAACUGGAGCAACUGAUUACGAAGUAUUACUUUACGCUUUCAACAGCAAAUCCAAAUACAAUGCUGAGAAAGCGGAAAAUCUCUUGAACGAAUAUAUACCACUAGAUCAAUACAGUGACGAUUAUCCUGAAAUCAGACGAGCAGCAAAACAUCUUUAUUUUACAGAACAAAGUAAACCGGAAGAAAUAAAACGUGCCUACUUCAAGAUAGCUAGUGAUCUGUUCGUGACUAAUGGCGUCCAUGACUAUGCUGAGGAUAUGGUGGAUAAUGGGCAUACGGUUUACUUGUAUAACUUUGAGUACUGUAGCCCAAAAGUAUUUGGUGUAACACGCUGGAGCAUGCCCUUUCACGCCGCAACACAUGACUCCGAAAUACCGUAUUUGUUUGGUAAAAGUUUGAUUGACACAUUUCAUCCCAAUGCAUCAGACCUGCAAGUAAUAAACAAGUUCACAACAAUGUUUACGAACUUUGCUAAAUGCGGCAAUCCCAAUGGAGGUAUAAUUCAGGGACUUGAGCGAUUGACCAGCGAGAAUAAAUGGCGUUUCAUUCAGCUUACCAAAGACGUACAAAUGCGAAAUGAGUUUCAGGGCCGACGAGCUGAGUUUUGGAGGAAUCUAAGAGAUAGGAAAUGCUUACAUGAAAUGAAUUCUAAGAUAACACAGACAGAUGACAAUUUGAGCAUUGGUACUGUAGACAAGGCUUGUUCAGUACCUGAUGACAAUAUUGAGUACCAAGAAACUAGUAUUUACAUCGAUCAUCAUUAUGAUGAAGUCUUCUGUGAAGAAGACGAAAUAGCAAGUUCACAGACGGAACAAGACAAUAAAAACUCGCAACUGGAACAGUUCAGUAGCGACGACGUUAGUGACCCCCCAAUCUUAUAUCGUGAUGAUGAGGUUGGAUACUGCAGUUUUGAAAACAUAAAAAAUCAAUUCUUGACAGAACAUCCAAACAUUCCAUCCUUGAUAAGGGACAAUGCAUCAGCGGAAAACUUGGACUACCAGUACAGUGACAGUACGCUUCAUACUCAAGCCAGUAGCGAAAAUUUUGACGACCAGCUCCAAGAAAGUCUGUCUGGGGAUAAUUCGUUGGUAGAGGAUUCUUACGAAUUAUUUGAAGAUAACGCUGUACUUAUAAAAGCUGAGGAAAUUGAAUUUGAACCACUUUUUAGCAAUGGCAAGAGUGGUCAUGAUGACGUAGAGCAAUCGACAUAUACUGAAGAGGAGCCUGAAAGUAAACCAGUUUCUGAUAGUGGAACUCAGAAAGAGGAUUCUUAUGAAGAGCAAAACUCUACUUCUUUUGAAGAUGCGCGUCAAGAACGCGAAAAAAGCGUUUCAGAAAAUAUCAGGUCUUCCAAAUUCAUUGCCAGUGCAGAACUGAACACAAACGACCGACACGUUGUUUACGAAGAACCUAGAAAUGCUAUAGCGAAGAGUGCUACAGAGCAUGUACUUGAAAAGGUUACCUCCGUCGACAGCCACAGAAAAGAAGAUAGAAACGAGUCAUCGUUUGAGCCGAAGCUUCAAGAAGCAGAAGUUGUAAGUCGAAACAGUGAGUAUUCUGAAGGAUCAGAAACAGAAGAAGACCGUCCACCAUUCCCAAUCAUAAAACAGAGCCGUGUCAAAUUGAUGGAUGAUCUUGACCAAAGGGAUAUCUAA